AUGGCCGCGCAGUGGGCGCGAGCUGGCUGCACACGCGUGGCCGGGCCCCUCGCCAGCGCGCUCGGCACUCCUGCGGCCGCGCCGAGGUCAUCGACAGGGAACGGGUUGCUGUGCGGCGAGUGGCGCCUGGACCAGGUUUUUGGUGUUCGUCGUCUACCUUGCACCAUGGUCUGGAUCUCGGACUUCAUUCGCACCUACGUCGACCAGCAGGCCCGGAGCGGAAAGCACAUCCACGCAGCAAGGGCCGCGUUUGGCGGCGUCGCCAUCGGACCGCUCACGGAGCACAAGGACAGACAAUUCAGAAAGGGCACUCAAGCAUGGUUCGCCGGUGGCGUCUGCCAGAAUUGCCCGGCCGAGCGGCCCGGCGGGUGCCCCGCAUCUACGGCAAGACACGGGACACCGACGCGCGCGGCCGCGCCGGGCCUUGGCGGCGCCGUGAGCAACAGUUUCAGCGAUAGGUUCCCCGUCUUUGAGUACGAGCCGCCGUCGAAGGUGAGGGACACGCUGCAACGCCAGACCACAAUGUGCUCCAAUUCCGCGGCUGGCAGCCAAGCAAAGACCUCUGAUUUCAACGUGUUGUUCCUCCCUGUCUGGAUUGUGUUGCACAUAUUCAGGCCUGCUCGGCCAGCGACCGUCGCCCCCCUGCGGGCGCCCGGCCGGUCUGGGUCGGCCGCUGUGUUUGGUUACGGCCCCGGGCGCCGGACUUUUCAGGCCACAGUCGCUCCGUGUUGGGUGCUGUGCGUGGCGCUGGAGGGGCUGGAGGCUGGACUGCAGGAAGAGGCCGCACCCGGGCGCGACCGCACCUUGCCGGGGGAAUACACGACAUCAAGAUGGCAGCCGCGGCCGGAUGCGACGGGCGAAAGGCCAUCGCACAUGGCGAUGUCGGACAUAGAGCACGCGGCGCUGAGUGCAGACCACGGGAGCGGGCUGCUCGAUGUCAACCACAUGACCAUAACCUGCGCGCAGAUCGAUUUCAUCAACCGCGGCGCCAUCACCAAGGCAGACGUGCUUCUCACCGAGAGCAAACUAAAGCUGAUCCCGCAGCCCAGUGGACUGGCACACGACGCCAUGAUCCAGGGCAGCGACAUCGACGAGACCAAGAAGUUGAUGGACGUCCGCGUGACUCACUUGAUACGUAACGUGACGGUCUACAUCAACAACAUGCCCGAGCUCCAGGAGCGGGAGUGCAUCAACAUUGUCACGACCCGGCUUGUCAUCUUCUGGCCAGGCAACGACACGAUCCCAGUCUUCAAGGUGCUUUACAUAGAUUCCACAAUCUAUAGCGAUCACGAAGGCAUUCAAAUGAGCGACAUUGUGGUUCGGUUCUACGCCCGUGAACUGGCUCGGGAGUUCAUUGCCAUCGGCAGCGGCCUAGAUGUGCACGACAAUUAUUUUGAUGUUACCGGCAGAAUUCCUCAUUGUCACGAGGACGAGAUUGUCGACGCCCAGAAGUUAACCUGGCAACGCAUGCAGUUGAGUGUCAGUCUGUGCCGGGAGAACGCUGUGAAGCCGAUGUACACCGAGAGGACGUGGCACAGAGUGCCGGUGUUCGAGAACGACCGCAGGUGCUUGCUGUCACGGGAGCCACACAGGAGCCGAAAGACCGGGCAAAACGCUUACGGCUGGAUCCUGGGCCAGGACGGCAGGCCGCUGUACGCCGUGCAGUCGGCGCGCAUUGCGCCGCCAGCGUCGGGCUGGCGCAAGUUCCAGGGCACCCCGCCAGCGCCCGAAGUUCAGGCCUUCGCCGGGCCCGCGGAGGCCGAGGCCGCCGCGGCGGCCGCGGCCUGCGCGGCAAAGGGCUUGAAGGAGCGGGGCAACGCGCUCUUUGGCGCCAGGGACUUCGAGGGGGCAGAGGCCUGCUGGACGCGCGCGAUCGACCUGGGGGACCGGCUCCAGGACGAGGAGCUGUGCGUCGCGCUGCUCGCCAACCGCGCACAGGUCCGGCUGCGGCGCAAGAAGUGGAGGGAGGCCAGGAGCCAGAAUCGACGACAGACGCGCCCGCGGCUGCUCGGCAAGUUGGUCCCGACGCCGUGGCGCCACCCUGUCACUGGCCGGGUCUCUGCCCUGCUUGUUGCCGCAGUAGCGCCCUCGGUGGAAGGGGACGCGGUGCGCGCAGCGCUGCUGGCGCUUGUCAGUGGUGCCGGGUCUGAGGUUGACGCUGGGCACAAGGCCAAGCGCUGCGGCUCCUGCCAGAGGCGCCGAGGCUACGCCGAUGCUGCGGAUUUCGCCGAGCGCUGCCUUAAGGCGCACCCGGGCCACCCGGACGCAGAGUCUCUUCUGGCCGGGGUGCGGAAGAUGGAGGCGGAAGAGGCGCCGCGGCGCCCGCAGGGGAAGGCACCCGCGCAGGAGGCAGGCACAGGGCGCGACCAGCCCGCGGGUGCGAGCAUCGAGCAGCCCGACCUCGGGCCCAGGUCCACAACGCCCGAGGAGAAGCCCCCUCUGCACGAGUUGCCCUACCACAAGAUGGGGCUUCCCAAAGAGCAGGUGGAGAUGAUGGACAAGUUCUUCGGCGACAUGCGGAUGCAGAAAGAAACGGCAGCAAGGGCGAAGUCGGCGGAGGAGGGCGCGCAGCCGCAG